AUGAUACACAAGCUUCGGGCAGGCCUCUGCCUCACCUUUGUGCUCGCCCUACUUUGCUCCGGUUUCCUACACGAGGCGCAGUGCCUUUCGUUCACCGCCUCCGGCGAGGCCUUCUCCCAGAACCUCUACAACACAUUGGCCGAAGCCUACUUGUAUGUGAAAGAUGAUCUUACCAUCAGCUACCUCGCAACACCAUCCAUCACGGCGGCCAUGACAUCUCUGUCGCGCGGCUACAGCACCUUCGUGUCGACUCCUGCCACCUCGCAGGGCAGCUCCGACGGCCUCUACCGCCUGCCCCUCAUGGCCGCGGCCAUGGGCCUGGGCUACAACUCUUCCCUCUUCUCUAACCACUCUGCGACCAACACCCUCAUCCUCGACUCCGCCACUAUGGCCGCCAUAUGGACCGGCGACCUGGUCGACUGGAACGACAGCCGCAUCGCAGCCCUCAACCCCUGGCUCGGCCUGCCCGCCGGGCAGCAGCUGACCCUGGUCUACUGCGACGACCUGCUGGGUGAAGGCAACGUGCUGGCCCGCUACCUCUCCAACAUCAGCUCCACCCUCGCCGCCCAGCUCAGCGCGCCGGGCAAUUUCUCCAACCUGGCGGCGGUGAUCUCCGGGCGGGCCGUGGCGGCCUGCACCCCGGCCGAUAAGGCGACGGCGCUGGCCCGGCCCGACAUGGCCGCGUCGCUGGUGCCCAUGAUGCUGCCGGACCUGACAGCUGCGGCGCUGGGCUCGGCCCGCAUGCGCAACGCGGCCGGGGUUGCGGUCGCACCAUCCACGGCGUCGGUCACCCAGGCCCUCACGCUGUCGGAGGCCUCGCUCGACCUCAUCAACCUGGGCGACACCGCGUGGCCACUGUCGACCAUGGUGUUCGCCGUGGUGCAGACUCAGCUGAGCUCGAGCGACUGUUCGCUGGUCAAGGAGCUCAUGAGCUUCGUCAGCUGGAUGCAGAUCAACGACCAGGCGGCCAACGCCAUCACCGCGUCGGGUCACACCCCGCUCGACCGCAUCCACCGGCAGAACAUGCUCGACACCCUCACCAACGUGACCUGCAACGGCAAAAAGUCCCUCACGACGGCCUUCCUCUCCGGCAUGGGUCCGCUCAUCCCCAACUACGAGUCGUGGGCCACCGACUACGAGACGAGCAGCUUCAAGCUCAAGUACUACACGUCGUCGUCGCUCGACGCGAUCGAAGCGAUGAUCGAGGGGUCGGUCGACUUCGGCUCGUCGGGGAGCGUGCUGCCCGCCGAGCAGCAGGCCCAGAUGCCCGACAUGAAGCUCAUCCCGGUCGUGGCCUACGGCUACGUUUUCACCUACAACAUCCCCUCACUACGCGAGACCGAGGCCCUCGUCAUCGACUUCCAGACCGCGUCGGACAUAUACCUCAACAAGAUCAAGACCUGGGACCACCGCAACAUCACGGCGCUCAACCCGGGCCUGACGCUGCCGUCGGCGCCGAUCGUGGUGGUCUACAACUCGGCGCCGCAGGUGAUGACUGGUAUCGUCACCAACGCCAUCGGGCAGGCCGUGCCCGAGUUCGCCGAGGAGGUCGGCACGGCGAAUCUGGUCACGUUUCCCGUCGUGGAACAGGACCCCAACCGCACGCUGGGCCUGCCGAGCCUCAGCGACUACCCGGUCGUCAUGCGGGACAACGACUACACGUUCACGACGUGGGUCAGCUUCCUGGCGCUCACGACGGCCAACGUGCGCGUGGCCAAGACCAUCAACAAGGCCGGUAACACCAUCGAGGUGAGCACCACCACGCUGCGCGCCGCGAUCGAAUACCUCGAGCAUCCGCUGGAUAUGUACACGCUCCACGCGCCCGGAGAGCUCAGCUGGCCCAUGAUCAACUACAACGCGUUCAUGGUGCGCACGACGGCCAUGACCGACUGCAACAAGGCCGCGGCCCUGGUGGACUGGAUCUACUGGACCCAGACCGCCGAGAGCGCCUCCGACAUCGCUGACUCCAACCGCAUCAUCGUGGCCAGCGGGUCGCCGGUGCUGAUGAGCUACAUGCUCGACACAGUGUCCAGCGUCGAGUGCCAGGGCGCCUUCGUGAGCAAGCUGGCCGGCUGCGUGACGGGCGGUGCCGUGUGCUCGGACAUGGGAGUGUGCAACGACAACGCGUGCACCUGCAAGGCCGGGAGGGAGGGGACCUACUGCGAGUCGGUGGUAUCCGACUCGUCGGUGCUUGUCCCUGUACUAGCCUCGGUGCUGCCGGCCGCCGCGGGCCUGCUGCUACUGAUCUUGAUCGUGGGCGCCAUCGUGUUCGUGUUCGCUCGCCGCCGCGGGGAGGCCGAUGACUGGGAGAUCGACUACGAGGAGCUGCAGCUGGGCGACCUGCUGGGUGAGGGCGGGUACGGUCAGGUGUACAAGGGCACGUGGAAGGGCACGGACGUGGCUGUCAAGAUGAUGACCGCGGCCGAAUCGGUGGCCAAGAACGCGCGGGAGAGCUUCGUCGUGGAGGCUCGCACGAUGGCUCACCUGCGGCACCCCAACGUCGUGCUCUUCAUGGGCGCCAGCACGAAGCCGCCCAACAUGUGCAUCGUGAUGGAGUUCAUGGCCCUCGGCUCCCUCUUCGACCUGCUCCACAACGACCUCAUUCCAGACAUUCCCAUGGCCCUGAAAGUCAAGAUCGCCUACCAGGCCGCCAAGGGCAUGCACUUCCUCCACUCCUCCGGCAUUGUGCACCGCGACCUCAAGUCGCUCAAUCUGCUGCUCGACAACAAGUGGAACGUCAAGGUGUCGGACUUCGGUCUCACCCGCUUCAAGAACACGAUCGACCAGCGCCAGGGGCGCGAUGUCGAGGGCAGCGUGCCGUGGAUGGCCCCCGAGCUGCUGGCCGAGCUCAACGAUGUCGACUACUCCGUCGCCGACGUCUACAGCUACGGCGUCAUCCUGUGGGAGGUCCUCACCCGCCUCCAGCCCUACCACGGCAUGCUGCCAGCCCAGAUUGCCGUCGGCGUCAUCCGCAACGACAUUCGGCCGAGCCUGCGGGCCGACGUCAUCCAGAACCCGGCCACGGCCCCUUUCGUGGCGCUGAUGACCAAGUGCUGGCACCGGGACACCACCAUGCGGCCCACCUUCGUCGAGAUCAUGAAGCAGCUGCAGGCCAUGAUCGAGGACGUCAGCGGGUCCCUGCUCACGUCGACCAGCGGCGGCAGCAGCAGCAGCGCCAGCACCCACAGCGCGGGCAGCAACAGCCGCAGGAACAUGACCGGGUCGUCGUACGACUCAGACGCCACAGACAGCAGCAACAAGGGAGGCACCGACUCAGAGGCCCGCGCCAGCAGCAACGACUCGCACUCGUCGCCUCGCCUCAAGUACGGCGUGACCGUGCCCCGGCGCGACGUCACCUUCGUCGUGUGCGACCUGGCCCGCUGCAACGAGUCGUGGCAGACCAACCCCGCCGGCGCAGCCAAGGCCAUCACCCGCUUCGGCCAGCUCGUGCGCGACCUGUCCGCGCCUGCCGAGCAGACGGAGCGCGUCAACGCCGCCGCCGGCGGGUACAUCUUCUCGAGGCCGGGGCUGCACAGCGGCGGGACCUACAUGCUGGCCUUCCCUGAAGCGGCCAGGGCUGCGGCGUUCGCGCUCCACCUGCAGAGGGAGGUGGCCGAUCGGGACUGGCCCAGGGGCGUUCAGAUCUAUGCGCGCGUCGCGCUCCACUUUGCGGCCGGCGUGAGCGGGGCGCCUCGGGACGACGUGACCAGGACUGGCUACGAGCCCGAGAACUACGACGAGGCCUGCAAGCUCAACCUCCGCUGCCGACCGGGCGCUGUGGUCUGCUCCUCGGCCUUCUCCACCCGGCUGGGCUCGCACCCCUCUGCCGCCGACUUCAAGCUGGUGCCCAGGGCCGAAGACGCCUAUCAACUCGUCAGCCACGACGACGCCGUCGACCAGGUGGAGCGAAAGAAAGGUGCUGGUGAUGGCGAUGGCGAUGGCGACGGCGAUGAUGAUGAAGAAGACGAGAAGUGGGCGGAGGAGCAGUGGGAUCAAGGCAUGGGCCUGUGCUCGUCGAACUGCUGCGCGUGGAUCAUCAACACGAGCAAGAUCUCGAUGGGCGCCAAGAUCGGCGAGGGCAACUUCGGCAGGGUGGUGGCCGGCGCCUACUUUGGCACCAAGGUGGCGGUCAAGCAGCUCUACAAGACCAAGCUCGACGACCUGGCCCUCACCAAGAUGCGCAAGGAGGCCGCCAUUCUCAGCGGCCUGGACCACCCCAACAUCGUCAAGCUGAUCGGCCUGUGCGUGUCGUCCAACGGCGACGGCGGGCCGAUGCUGGUGAUGGAGCUCGUACCGCGGGGCAACCUGCGCGCCCUGCUGGCCGACGGCUCGGACAACGGGACGCAGACCCGCUGCGGCACGCCCUGCUGGACGGCGCCGGAGAUCAUCAGCGGCACGACGGCCAAGUACUCGGAGAAGGCCGACGUGUACUCGUUCGCGAUCGUGAUGUGGGAGGUGCUCACUCGCAAGGCCCCGUACCAGGACAAGAACAUGAUGACGGUCGCGCUCAACGUCAUCAACGGCGACCGCCCGCCGGUGCCGGCCGACUGCCCCAAGGCCUUCGGCGAUAUCAUGCAGCGCGCGUGGAAGGCCAAGCCCGACCGACGGCCCACCAUGGACGACCUGCUCAUGUACUUCAACUCCGAGCUCGGCACCGACAGGGUCUAG